AUGUCCUCAAACGUCGGCCUAACCACCCCCCGAGGAAGCGGAACAUCCGGCUACGUCCAGCGCAACACCGCAUUCAUGAAACCCCGCAACACAGGUUCCGGAGCCCCAUACCCGCCUCUAUCGGGGGCGAACAAUUACACCUCGGGUGGGUUCAAGCAGCGUGUUCCUGAUAAGAAGAUUCUUGAGCAUGAUCGGUUGAGAGCUAUUGAGGUUCUUGUUAUGGAGGAGCGGGAGAGAUUGGAGGAGGAGAAUGAGAGGGUUGAAGAGGAGCAGUCAAAAGAGGCAAAGAUGAAGUCCAAGAAGGUGAAUACGAAGAAGGAUAAGGAGGAAGGCGAGGAACAAGAUUCCGAAGAAGAGAAUGCUCAGGGAAAAGUUCUAUCCGAGGAGCAAAUUGAUGAGCGGUGCGAGGAGCUACGGGCUAGACUUUUGAAGGAGAUGGAACAGUCAGCUGCUAGCGGUGCCGGUGCUGGCGGGAAAGGGAAAAUGGGGCCGCCACGGGAUAGGAGGAAUCUUAAGUCUUAUCAGGUUCAUGAGCUUGCUGAGGCGAAGAUUGAGGAGAGUGAGAGGUUGAGGAGGGCGUUGGGGAUUAAGGAGAAUAGGGAGACGGGCGAGAUUAGUAGUACUCGGUUUGAGAGGAGACGGGAGCGGGAUUGA